AUGGUCUGGGGCCUCGAUUGGUUAACGGGUUCUGGCUCGCCCUCAAAGCCGGCCGCGAAUGCCCCUCCACGCUCAAACGACGGCGGGUACGUCGCGCCGGACAGAAAUAAACGGGAGAUAUGCUACGAGUCAAGAGAUCUGUUCUUUGAGUGCUUAGAUCGCAACAACAUCCUAGAUGCGAUCAAGGACGACGAGCAGGCCAGGAAAGUCUGUUCACAGGAAGUCAUGGCUUAUGAACGAGACUGCGCAAGGAGUUGGAUCAAAUACUUCAAAGAGAAGCGGGUGAUGGAGUGGAAGCGCGACCAAACAAUAGCGAAGAUUCAAGAAGACGAUGCAAAGAUGGCGGCGAAGGCGAAGCAGAAGAGGGGUGGUGGUUGGUUCUCGUGA